AAGACCUUCUUUGCUUCCUCAGGUUAACAAAGCAAGAAUAUUUAGCUUCUUCUUCCUUCUUCCCCUUCUUCUUCAGAUUCGGAGUUCAUUGAUUGGAUGAAUCAAAGAUUCUUCUUGUCUUUUGUUUAUUUGUGGAUUCGAGAAAUCGUCGAGAAAAUUUUCGAGCUGAAUUCUUAACUUCUCUUGAGGCACAAUUUCCACUCCAGAGUUUUUCUUCGUUUGUAAUGGAGAGGGAUUUCUUUGGUUUAAGCUUUCAAAAUGGUUCGCCAAUCGUAAAAGAAGAAGCUGCCGAUAAUUCCAAGAAUUCAGCACCUGAGAGGCAUUCAGGGAUGCAGUGGUCGUUCUCAAACAAGGUUUCUGCUGUUCCUCAAUUCCUGUCUUUUAAGGCCUCUCAAGAAAACAGGCCAAGAAAGACUGUUCAUGAUCCUCUUGGAUCAUCCACUUUGAUGACUAUAUCAACUGUUGAUGCUUUUGACACAAACCAGAAGCCAUUCUCUAGUGCAAUCCAGAAAAAUUGUAUUCAAGAGAAGGCAACAGGACCGCAUUAUUCGAUGACAGUCUAUCAUCCCCAAGCAGCAUCCAACCAACCCAAUCAAACAAUUCCGGUUGCUUUAAGCACGCCUGCUUUUCAAUCCCAUAUUGCUUCCACUGUAAACAGUGCGGUUCCUUCUACCAUGAAGCCACAGUGUUUUGGAGGGCUUCCAAUUAUAUCCUCAGUGCCUGCUAUUCCCUCUAAUAGUUCCAUUUUUGGUACCGCUGAUCUCAGGAAUAUUUCCAAAUCCUCUGGAGCUCCCGCUCAAAUGACUAUUUUUUAUGCGGGUUCUGUGAGUGUUUAUGAUGAUAUAUCUCCUGAGAAGGCCCAGGCUAUUAUGUUACUGGCUGGCAAUGGGUCUUCACCAACUCCUAAUAUGCCAGUUUCCACAGCUCCAGUGGAAACAUCAGCACCUAGGCCUUCAACAGCUGAUGGUUUUAUUAGGAGCUGGUCCUUCUCAGAGCUUCCUAGUCCUAUUUCUGUGAUUAUGUGCUCUGAUACGCAGUGUGGAGGAGGACCUAAAAAUACCAAUGGAUUAGCAAUAGUAAAAGCAGUGGGAGCUUCAGUUUCUUCUAGUAAUCACUCAGAGCCUCCUAAAGUAGUCAAUUCUGUGGGUCCUGCUACGACAACUGCUAUUCCAGCAGCUGCCCCUCAGGCUCGUAAAGCAUCCUUGGCUAGGUUUUUGGAGAAGCGCAAGGAGAGGGUGAUAAGCACAUCGCCGUACAAUGUUGCCAAGAAAUCUUCAGACUGCGGUGCACCUGGAUCUGAUGGUAUGAGUUUAUCGGUCAACUCUACUAGUUCCUGUCCUCACUCAGCCACGAAUUAAGCGGCAAGUCAACUCUAGUAGUUCCUGUCCUCACUCAGCCACGAAUUAAGCGGCAAGGAGGGCUAUAACCUAGAACGUAAGAGAAAGAGUUGGAACUUGGUAACUGCCUGGGAGGUGUUGGAAGAGGUCAUCUUCAACAUGUAUUUUUGUUUUUUAACUGUAAGAUCAAUUCUUUUGACCUUAAGGUCUAGAUAAAUCUUAUAGAUAUUAUUCUAGUUUUCUUUUGGUUUUGAUUGUGAGCCAAGUCUUCUUCUUUCUUUCUUUUUCUUUUUUUUUUUUUUUUUAAAUGGCAAUAU